UCCACCAAUUGGAAUUUACGUUUGCUUUGUAGUCAGGCAGACAUGACAUAUUUGUCCAAUCACAAAAAAAUCUGAAAGGGGAUUUUUGCUGUAUCUUUGGCUCAGAGGCCUCAGGGUGUGUUUGCCACCGCUGUGUGAGCAAACAAUGACGGAGGACAGGCUGAAGGCGGACCCCUCCAAGCGGGAGGGGCUGGACUCAGAAGAGGGAGACACAGAGCCUAGCCUGCUGCUGCAGAAACUAAAGAGCAACAUCUCUAAGAAUGUACAGAGCAGAGUGGACGUUAUCCUGCAAGAUGUGCAGCGCUUCUCUGACAACGACAAACUGUACCUUUACCUCCAGCUGCCUUCUGGCCCCAGUUCAGGGGAGAAAAGUCUGGCAAUGGCCCCGCUGGCACAACUUAGGCGGUGGUGUAUUUCUGCAUCGAUGUCAGCUUUGGAGGAGAGAACACUGCCAAGCAGCAGCAGUGACCCCAGCUCCUUCAACACAGCUGACCAGCUGCACACCUGCAACUGGAUCCGUAGCCACCUGGAGGAGCACGCAGACACCUGCCUGCCCAAGCAAGACGUCUACGAGACUUACAAGAGAUACUGUGAAAACCUGCAGCACCGGCCUCUGAGCGCUGCCAACUUUGGGAAGAUCAUCCGUGACAUCUUCCCCAACAUCAAAGCCCGGAGGCUCGGUGGCAGGGGACAGUCCAAGUAUUGUUAUAGUGGAAUCCGCAGGAAGACGGUGCUCAACAUGCCACUGUUGCCAAACCUGGACCUGAAAAACGACCCGUCGGAGCUGACGGAGCUGGUGCAGACCUACAAGCAAGAGGUGACGGAGGCGGCUUGUGAGCUCAUCUGUGAUUGGGCCCAGAAGAUCCUCAAGCGUUCCUUUGACACAGUGGUCGAGAUCGCCCGUUUUCUUGUGCAGGAGCACAUCGUCAACCCGCGCUGCAGCCAAGCUGAACUCGUCACUUCUGCCGCGAUGGCAGGAGGUCCUGCAAAGCCCCACAAGGUGAUCAAGAAGAACCCAGUACCAUCCAAAGGAGGUGGGCCGGAGACGGAAGGGAGCGGCUCUGAAGCUAAGGUAAGGGAUAAAGACGUUGGGGAUCAGUCGUUGCCAGGGAAACUGCAGUCCAGUGACAAGCCAAUUAAAGGUGCGGAGUCGGUACGCCCGGGGGGUCGCGAAUCGCAGGUGGAGGCUCUGAUGAAGCACUUGCCCCGAAUCCUGCCUCGCAGCUCCAUCCCGGAAAAGUCCCAGCUUUCGGUGCGCUCCUCGCCCCCCUCCCUGGCGCCCAAAGACACAGGUGGCGUGAAAGUCAUCACAAUGACUGCCCUGCCCCAGCAGCAAGGGGGCGCUCUCCCCGUCAUGAUCCUCCCCCAGAGCGUCAGCCUCUCCUACCCCGACAGGGAAAAAGCCCCGCCAAACACUAUGGCGCCCGUGGCACCAAUGUCGGUGGUGCAGAGGGCCCGCACAGCGGGCAAACGGGCCCCCGAGGCAGCAAGCGGGGGCCCCGGGCCGGGAGGCACGCCGGCCAAACGGAAACGAGGGCGACCCAGGAAGCCACGGCCAGAGGACACCGCCCCCCCGCAGCCGCCCAAUCCACCCUUACCCUCGGUCAACCAAGCCCCUAUCAUGAAUUCCCUCACCGGAGGGGUGAUCCAGAAAGCCUGCUCUUCCUCCUCCUCCCAGGUGGUGGAGGUCGUAUUCCAGGACCAGCAGGCCUUGGUGCUAGGUCAGCUGCAUUCGGUAGCGGACACAGGCGACCCAGAGCACCGGGGCGUGGUGCUCGAAACUGACCCACGGCCCGUGCUGCUGCUGUCAGGGGCCAGUCACACAAACUGGGACAUGGGCAGGGCCAUGGUAGAGGUCAUCCAGAGGGCCCCGAGACCACCCACCAUCAUCACCAAGAACAACAACAACUCCCAGUCUACCCCCCAGCACCGCCUGCCCCUGCCCACUGUGCUGGAGGAUCGAGGGGAGGUGGAGAUUACCCUCACCCCCAUGGCGCCUUCGGACAAUCUGCCGAACCCCACUGCCCAGGCUAGCUCUACCCCCACUGGCCAGGCUAGGUCGGAGGGCGGCCCCACACCCGAUGACAGCUCUAAAGAACCUAGCCCUGGCCUUCCUUGUCCCAGAGACUAAGGAGCACUACCUUCAGGGUGAGGAUAACCACCCCCAAUCAUCUUCUCCCAGGUAGCGUCUUCUCCCCGAUUGGUGGAAAUCCAAGAUUGGCAGCGCAGAGAGCCAAGAAGGAUCGAUGAAGCCAAAACACUAUUAAUCCCUGUUGACCUUCCAUUUAUAACUCGUUGCUGUGACUCUAACUGCAUGUUUGUCUUUGUAAUUGUGAGCAGUUCCGUAGUUCUGAUGACGAGGAGGGGGUAUUUACGGGUUCGGACCUUACAAGGUUUUAAGUGCUACUCUCCCUGAGAGGAACUCCCCUCAGUGUUUUUUUAUUUUUUAUAAUAUACAGUUGAAGUCGGAAGUUUACAUACACCUUAGCCAAAUACAUUUGAACUCAGUUUUUCACAAUUACUGACAUGUAAUCCUAGUAAAAAUUCCCUGUCUUAGGUCAGUUAGGAUCACCACUUUAUUUUAAGAAUGUGAAGUGUCAGAAUAACAGUAACGAGAAUGAUUUAUUUCAGCUUUUAU